UUCCAGCACGAUGGUGUAUAUUAAGUUGUGUCGUGGAAAAGCUGGGAAAUUCCUACAGCAAACUGACACAGUUAAUUGGUUAACUACGAAGCGAUAAAAAGGUUGUUCGGUGUUUUUUUUCUUCAUUGUAAAUGAAGUUGAAUUGCAUUAUAUUGUACUAAAAGUUAUUACAACGCACACAGUUAAACAGCUGUGAGAGAUUCCUAUCAUUUCUUAUCACUCUGUGGAUGUUUGUGCGACGUGGAAGGCAAAUUACUCAUAGCUGAGUUUGCCGAAAAACUUUUUAGUUGGGACUAUGUUGUACUCUUUGUUAGUUCAUUGGUAGUUUUGUGGUUUCCUUGAGUGAACAAAAGACCAGUGAUUUUUUUUCAGAGUUCCCUCUCCUCUCUCAAUUACACAGAAAUCUCAUUUUCUUGUGAAUUUUCUAAGAAUAAAGUGUGUAUCUUGUUCUCACAGAAGAUGCAACAGUGAGAAAAUGUGUGCAAGAGUUUGUGCUCUGUUGGAACCUUCAACUUGAAAUCUUUUUUCGUUCUCCACUUUCUACCUUUUUUCUGUGAUCCUUUAUUUUCUGUGUGUGUUACUGUUGCAAAAGGAGAAGACUUGGAAGAUGGAUGUUAUUGUAAAUUUACUGCAAGACAAUUCCCAGAAAGUUGCAAUUGGAGCCGUUGGUCUCUUUGCCCUCUACCUGAUGUUUGGCUGGGCUGCCCAAUUGCUGUGCAAUACCGUGGGCAUUAUCUAUCCAGCCUACAUCUCCAUGAAGGCCAUUGAGUCGGCAGACAAGGUUGAUGACACCAAAUGGUUGACUUACUGGGUCAUUUAUGCUGUACUGUCAACAGCAGAGUUCUUCUCUGGCUUCCUCACCAGUUUUAUUCCCUUCUACUGGCUCUUGAAGUGUAUCUUCCUUGUUUGGUGCAUGGCGCCCAUUCAGCAGAAUGGAUCUGUCUUUCUCUACCACAGAUUCAUCAGGCCGUUCUUUCUGAAGCACGUCAGCGAAACCGAUGCUGCUCUCAAUAAACUGGCUGAUAAGGCGAAGAAGAUGGCAGGAGACAUCAUGAGCAAGAAUGAAUGAAGAGUUUUAAGGAAGAAAGAAACCACCGAGAGUAUCAAACUGAAGAGAGUUUUGACGGGAAGAUAAAAAGAAAAAAAUGUUGCUUAAAUUGAACGAAUGUCCUAUCCCCCUUCUAUCCCGAUUGUUUAUCCCAUUUUAAUCCAUCACAAUGGCCAAGUAAUCACGAUGCUUUAAUUAAGCACAAGACAUUUCGGGUAAUCAUCAAAUUGUAUAUUUUUCGUCGAGUUGCCUUUCGGGAAUUAUAUAUUCUUUUUAUAUAAAUUGCCCAUCUAAGCGGAUUGAGCAUGUUGAGCAGAUAAAGACAAUUGUGGUUUAAGAGAUUCUAGUAAAUGAAAGAAUGAUAGAAAA